AUCUUGAACACCUGUGUAAAUUACAUAGUUAUGAAUUGUUUUGUAGUUUGUAUAUUUAUGCAAUGAAUAAAAACAAAUAAAGAAAAAUGGAAGAAGAGAGAUUAUUAAGAAAAAAGAAAAAGUCUAUGAAUGGUAGCAAUAGAAGAUUAUAUGCAGAAGCGUGUAAUGAAUUAGCUGCAUUUUAUUAUGAACAUACUCGAUAUUCCGAAGCUCUUGAAGAAUACAAAAAUGAGGCGGCUGUUUAUAAAGAGUUGGGACUACGUUUGGAAUGGGGCACCUGUAAUAGAAUGAUUGGGGAAAUGUACAUGUUUUUGGCGGAGUUCGAUAAAGCUCUAAAGUAUGAAGAGCGGCAUUUAGCUGUAGCAAAAGAAUUGAGCAACUUAGUAGAAGAACAAAGAGCAAUGGCUACACUUGGGAGGAUUUACCUUCUUCAAGGUCAGAGCUCAGAAGAUGAAGAGUCAAAAACAUCAUUGACAGCAGCAGAAAAAGCAUUCAUGAAGGGCCUCAUUCUCUGCGGAAAAUUAAGUGGAAAAAUAAAUAAAACAGAAUUAAUGGACAUGAGAGCUAGACUGUUACUUAAUAUUGGUGUAGUACAAGAGCACCUUGGUCAUUUAGACAAAGCAAUAGAUUGUAUUAACAAAGCCAUCACAAUAUGCUCUAACCAGGAUCUGUUUGAGUUAUUACACAACUGCUAUACUACUCAAGCAUUGCUGUACGAUAACAAAACGAAAGACCAUGCAAAGGCUUUAAGUUGUCUUAACAAGGCCCUUGAGGUUGCUAGUAGAUUGGGAAACAAGGCUUUGCUAAUGUGUGGAACAUUAUCCUCCAAAGCUGAGAUAUUGUGUAAAAUGUCAGACUACCAAAGUGCUAAACAAGUGCUGCAUAAGGCAUGGAAAUUAAAUACACCAGCUGAUGAGGAAAGAGACAAAAUUGAGACUAAUCUCAAAGUUGUUGCGGCAAUGUGCUAUACGGAAGAUCUUUUAGUGUCCACUGACCCCUCUGAUCAUAACACAUUUAAAAAGUUGUAUGAAAAGCUUGGUGACGGUGCUUGUCAUUUGAAUAAUUACUCAGGUGCAAUAGAAUAUUACUUGAAAAUGUUGGAUCAUGCGGAAUUGGCUGGAGAUUGCGGAAAGAAAUUGAUACCAAUAUAUGUGAGUUUAUAUCAAACAUACAAAGACAUGGGAUCAUACAACGAAGCCCUACAAUACUACUACAAAGAGUAUGAACUCAUUAAAGAUGUUCCUAAGGAAGCAUACCAUACAUUGUAUCAUAUUGCACAUGUGUCAUAUCUUGCUAAGAAACCAUACAACCAAAUUGAGAAGGCUUGUCUGGACGCAAGAAAUGCUGCAAGAGAUUGCGGUAACAGAAAAUUUGAAUCCAGAAUUUUAAAAAAUCUGUUGAAAUACCAAGAAAUGUAUGGAGAGCUCGAUUCUAUGGAAGACACAAAGAGUGAACUCAGAGCAUUAUGUUGUGAUAAUGUGGACAUGUCUGAGGAUGAACAGAGUUCUGGGCCCGGUGAUGAAGAUACUACUAAUAUUGGCGAUGAGAUAUGCCUCGAAGAUCUCACUGAUCUGUCUGACACGAAUGAGGAAGACACGACGAAGACAAAACGUGAGACACGCAGAAGAGGGAAAGGUUAUACCAUCAAGAAAAAUAUGAAAGGAGAGACGCAACUGCAUGUUGCAUGCAUAUCUGGAAAUAAGCUGUUAGUAGAACGUCUCAUAGCUCAGGGUCACCCAGUGAACGUCAGUGACAACGCGGGCUGGCUUCCGAUCCACGAAGCCUGCAUAAACGGACAUAUCGAAGUUGUUGAUAUAUUGAUUAACCACGGCGCUAAUAUCAAUGACCGGGGAGGAGCUAACUGUGAUGGGAUAACACCAUUAUAUGAUGCAGCAAGUAAUGGUCACUUAGAAGUAGUACAAUUAUUGCUUAAUAAGGGUGCAAUACCUUCGCUAAAGACUGAUUUUGGUGAAACGCCGCUUCGUGUCCUACAAAAAUGGCGGACGAGUACAAUAUUGACAAAAGCCCAAGAAGUUCUGUAUAACAAUAUUUGUAAUAAAAUACAAAAUAUGGGCAGUAAUGCAGAGAAUUUAAAUAUAUCGAAAUCUAGAACUCCAGUUAAAGACAAUAUUUAUAAAUCUCCUCCAAGUACAUCUAAAAUGUCCAGCAGUAUAAAAGACUUAGUGUCGCCAUGUAAAAGGAGGAAUGUAAUAGAUGAAGAUAGUGAUACCGAAAUGAAUGUAUCUCAAAAUAUAAGUCAAAUUGCAUUUCCCUCAGACGAUUCAAAUUCUGACGAGGAAUACACAAAAGACGAUAAUAUAAGAAAUGUUAAGGAAUACAGAAGUGCAAUUUCUGCUUUAAGAAAUAGAAGCUCAAAUGGUUCUCCUACAGUUGAAAAUACAAAGAAAUCAAAAUCUGCUUUAUUACAUCCCAGUGAAGUAGACGACGAUUGGCUUGAUGAUGAUCUAGGUAAUAUGAAUAAGUGUAGAAAACGUAAACUGAGCGAUCCGUUGAAUUCAAUACCUAAAAAAACAGCUAUCGACAGUCUCAAAGACAGUAUUGCCAAUCUUAAUAAAAUUGAGCCACUGACUGACAAUGCCAUGCACGUAAAUAAGUCUAAAAAUAAAAUUAGAGAAGCGAUUAACAUCAGCGAAAAUAGUUCAGAUUCGGAUUACUUCCAAUGUGAUGAAAACUUGUGUCCAAAAGAUGCAGAAUCAAUGAAAAGUAUUAUGAAGGAAUUUAAUUUUAAACCGAAAGAUACAAGAGAAAGUAUGAAGAAAAGAUGUAAAAGACAAACAUCUCUAUUACGCGCUGGCUUUCAAAGAAAAAUAGAUUCCGACCAAUCAAGUAGAAGCGGUAGCGAUACAGAGUUAACUGAGAAAAACAUUUCAAAACGAUCACAGUCCCCAUUUGGUUAUACACGAAAACAUUCAAGUGAAAAGUUUGGUCGCGCUAAUUCGAAUGAAGCUUUUAAUUUCGUACAGCAAGUUAGUCCUAAUAUUGUGCAGCCGAUGAAUGUAAUACAACCAAUAAAAAUUGUACAAUCGAAGAACGGUAAACCUGUACAGACUCAGAUAUUGCCACCAACAGCGGUGAAAGUAAAAGUUGAAGAUAAAGUGUUGUUGAUAUCGUUAAAAUUAGACACUAUUAAUAAAUUGACAAUCAGCUGGCUGGUUGAAGAAGUCAAAUCGCGAUAUUACAAACUGACAGGUAUCAGGCCAAUAUUCAGUUUGAUGACGUCAGACGGAGCUAUACUUUCAGAAGAUGAUCCACUUAGUUUGGUUCUGAGUUCGCCAGAACUUAACACAUGUAUUAGCAACUGGAAGUCUUCACCGGCUGAGGAAAGAUAUCUUGAGUGCUGUGAUGCACUUUCUAUAUCUCCUUCAGAAGAAAUACAACAAGCGGUGGGGCGUAGUCAUACCACACGUCGAUUGGCUUUAGGGUCACAAACAUUACCUCCUUCUCAGCUCCGGCCACUAUUCCGCGCCCUCACACACCAAACUCAUAUUACAGCCAUCAUGAUAGCUAACAACAACAUAGGAAAUAAUGGAAUCAAAUAUCUAACAGAAAGUAUUUGCACCAUGAAACACCUAACUCUACUCGAUGUAAGAAAUAAUAAUAUAACAGGUGACGGAGUAAAGUUGUUUCUCAAUUGCUUUGAAAGAACUAAUAGACUAGUUAGUUCUAUUGAAGAUAUUGAUUUCAGUGAUAAUCCAAUAGGAAAUGAUGGAUUUAAACAUGUCUUAAAAUUAAGUCAACAUUUAAGACUUAAAGUAUUAAAACUAAACAGAUGCAGUGUAACUGAUAGUGCAGCUUCAGACAUGAAUGCUACUCAAAUCAAUUUUGAUACUUUGGAGGUUUUUGAUAUUAGCAAUAAUGACAUUAAACAAGUGAUAGUGAGUAAUCUUACGACAGUUUUAAAUCCAAAUGUGCUGUGUGAGUUGGAUUUAGAUAAUAUUGGUGUCGAGGGAAGUGUGGUUAGUUGUUUGUCCAGUUUUAUGGAUACAGCAAAGGAGUUAAAAAUAAGAAGAUUUAGCCUGUCUAAUUGUAAAUUAGCUGACGGACAGUUUAUGAGGAUCUAUAGAUGUCUCGGUCGUGCCAAGAAUCUACAAACAAUUACUCUGAAACACAAUUUGCUAACAUUUAUAACAUUGAAGAAGCUCCUUCAACGACAACCUACAGUACCACAAAUAAACCUGCAGGGCUGCCAUAACAUAUUCAAAUACUCACCAGAUUCCGACUUCCAAGUAUGGCUCCCCGCUGUUGACUUCGGGCCUUGUAUUCCUGAAAUUAAUGUGACACCAGUUUCAAACACGGAUGCGGAGCGGGAAAGUUUUAAGUGUUUCUCUAAAACUUGGCUGAACUGUUUCAAAGGUCGCGGUAUGAUAGAACAUUGUGAUGAAGGAGUGAUCAAGUUUACAGCUAGGUGAUCUAUCGACUGAUUGGCAUUUUUAUAAUUAGUUAAAUUUUUUAUUACUUUGUAUGAUACAUAUGUAGUGUAAAUACUUAAGGUAUAACAUGAGUAAGGCAUAAAAUAUUUUGGGUAUAUGUUCGGUCUAACUUUUGCUGAUAGAAAACUCAAUAAGAUUUGAUGGAAUAUUUGCUGAAGAUUGUAUGCAUUAAGACCACUAUGAUAUCCAAGAAUUUGUACAAAAUACAUGUGCUGCAAUUGUAAAUGGUGUGUCGCGCUUCCGUUUUUAUGCUUGUUUUCCUGGGAGUAAUUUCCUUUAGAGUGGCUGGCACAUUUUGACCUUAAAUAAGUCAUAUUAAAAUUAAAUUUAUAUAUCCAAUGAAAUAUAUUCAUUGGAUAUAUAAAUUUAAUAUGAGUAUCAACCAGCCAAGUCUGUCCUAAACCCCAUAAUAUCACCUAAACUACCUACUUGUUAACUACUAUAUGUUAUUACUACAUAUUACUUAUGUCAUUUUUUUAAAGUACCUACCUGUUAUCGUCUUUUUUAAAAGUACCUACAUAUUAUGGCAUUUAUAUAGUUAUUAUGGUGUAGCGGUUCUAUUAGGGGUAGGUAUUAAGAAUCAAUAUUUUUAGAGCAUUUUGUUAGUAUUUACUUAACCAUUAUACCAGUGUACUUGGAUAAAACAGUUCGGUUCGUUUUUCUUUAUAUUUAAAGAUUUGGAGCUAAAAUUCUAGCGAGAUCUGUUUUCACCAGGUUCGCUCUGAGCUCUGGCCCGCUUAAUCCAAAUCGCGACCUCGUUAUGUGCGCACGCCUCAAUAAAGAAAACAAAAAAAAUCGUUAUUAUGUGUAAGAAGACAGUGUUACCGUAAUGAAGGUCAAUGUAAGACUGACACCAGCUUAAGACGACGACGAAAACGGAAAUGAUACGAAUUACGAGAUCAGUGCUCACAUUUUUAUUUAUUUUAUAUUUAUGUUAUAUUAACAAUACUUGGCGGCCAUCUUGGACAUUCAGUUGGUUAUUACAACUACAGUAUUUUACAAUAUCUACACCAAAAUUGUAAACUAUAUUUUUCUUAAAGAUACUCAAACCAUAAAUAACGUAAAUAUAGAAGUAUAAGUAUAACUAUAUUAGGUAAAUUUUUUAUCAUAAUAUGUAAGUAUCUAUAAGUUUUACAACAAUAAAA